GCCCCAUACACACUUCGUGCAUGCCAGUCCUCUCUGUUUCCGGAGUGUGAACAGCUGACAUCUGUCCCGUUGAAACUGGUCUCCCUUUUACAGCUGCCAGAAGUACCCGACUCUGCCACACAGGGACACGGAGGCUCAACCCGGCCCACCCUCUCAAAGCCACAGUGCAGGAGUCUGCCGCGGCCCCUGCCCAAGUCUCCUGGGGCUCCCAGCAGCUGCUGUCAGCAUGGCAGAGGGCCCUGCAGACCUAAGCAACACAGACCUUAGGCAGAGGAUCCUGCAGGUGCUGAGGGACACGGGCUCCCCUGUGAAGGCUCCCCAGCUGCAGAAGAAAUGUGGCGUGCCCAGGAAGAGACUCAACCAAGUCCUCUACCAGAUGAAGACUGAGCAGCUAGUGGUCCGUCUAGACCUCGCGACAUGGGGCCUGAGCGGGGGCACGACUGGAGAACUGGUUCCCACAGAGCCGGCCCGGUCCAGCCAGGUGGAGAAGCCCCGGCAGGUCGCAGCUGCGAUUUCAGGCAGACCUGGCUCUCAGCUCAGCGAGCAGCAGGAAAAGAUCUACAGGCUUCUGGAAGAUGGUAGGCCCCAGAAUGCCCUGAACAUCGCCAAGGCCCUGGGGAAGAAGACAACAAAAGAGGUCAACCCAGACUUGUACGCCAUGAGAAACAAGCACCUUCUGGACUAUGACUCAGACUCAAAUGCAUGGACGGUUUAUCGACCAGAAGGUUCUGGAGGAAGAAAUCAGUCCACUGCAAUCAUCUACCAGCAAAAUGCAAUCAACAUGAUCUGUCAGAACGGCCCUAACAGCCACAUUGCCAUUGGGAACGCUAAAGCCAUCCAGAUUGGGCACGGGAACGUCAUGGCGAGACAGUCAGACCACGACCCCUCGGCUCCCCUCAACCUGCCUCUACCAGAACCAGCGGACCUCUCAGCUCAGGAUCUCCCGGCUGAAUCCUGGGGGUCCCAGGAGAUCUGCAUGGAGAAGUCUGUGCUCAGAAGGGUGCAGCUGGGACACGGCAACAAGAUGAGCCUUCAGGCCGCCCCAGCCACGGGCCCCAGCUGCAGCUCCUCUGGCAGCCCCUCUGGCAGCCCCCCAGUCUCUGGUACGGCUGCUGGCCCAGAAACUUCGUUCAAAAUUCAGAUGCCGGCACCAGGACCUCACCCCGCGGGGGAUGUGGCCCAGAGAGUCCAUAUCCGGUCCUGCUUUCUGGAGGAUGCCACCAUUGGCAACAGCAACAUAAUGAGUGUGGAUCUGGGGGAAGCCAGUCCAGGAGAAGGGGCAGGGCCUGGAGAUGGCAGCAGGGACUCUGAGGAGCCGGCAGAGGACACAGCUCCUCGCCAGGAAGCUACGCAGCCUGACGAGUUCUCUCACGGUGAUGACGUCAGUCAGGCUGACCCCGAUAUUGCCGUUUUCUCCUCCCACUUGGAAGCUGUGACUCUUGAAAGCAGAGAUCCCCAAGGUGCAGACGAGGACCCCUGAGUGGACAGAACCCCAGACAUACCGCCAGGUGUAGGCGGCUCACGUGGGCUUUGGCUCAUUGCUUCUGGCAUUACGUUUCCUCUGCGGUGACCCGCUGCCUGCCUCGAAGCUUGCCCCAGGUCUGUGCUUGACCAGGCUCAUAUGACGGCGACGCAUCGCAGAGGUCAGGCUCAGCUCCCGCCGCCUGCCCAAAGCCAACGCUCCUUUGUCCAGCGAGACUUCCCCUUUCUAUAUAAUUAAUUUGUCGUAAACAUGCUGACCAAGCAUUGCCAGCAGUUAAUGGGAACUGGAGGUGAAGGUCAAUUCUCUUCUCUUCAGGAAGGAAAUUAACUAGCCACCAUUAAAAGCAGAGAAUGAUUAAGCCUG